AUGUUGAUUUCUUCUCUCGUCGCCGUGUCUCUGGCCGUCCUCCCCACUGCUGUCAGUGCCUAUUCCAUCACCGGCGAUACCAUGAACUGCUAUUCCGGUCCUGGUACUAGCUAUAGUGUCAUCAAGACGUACAAGAAUAGCGAUAGCGUCUCGAUCACCUACCAGGCCCUAGGCACCGAAAUUAAAGGCGACAGUAUUUGGGACAAGACUUCCGAUGGCUGCUACGUGGCCAAUUACUAUGUGAAGACCGGCUCCAGCACUUACGUGACUAAGAAGCGCGAAAGUAGCAGCAGUGGAUCGGGCAGCGCGAUUGUUGAAGCCGCCGACAAGGAGAAGGGCAUUCCCUAUGCCAAGGGCGGCGGUGGCUGUAAUGGUCCCUCCAGGGGUGGCUUUGAUAGCUCUGGACUGACCCAGUACUCUAUUUGCAAGGCCCUAAAGAAAACGAUUCCCCGUACUGCACAGACUCAAUACGAUGCGAUCAAUAUGGGUACGCGUAUUCCCCGGUCCGAGGCCAAAGUGGGUGACCUCCUGUUCUGGGGCGAGAAUGGUAACUGCAAGACGGGUGUUUCGCAUGUUGGUAUCUUCAUUCGUGAUGGUUGGAUGAUCAACGCGGUCCACGCUGGUAGUACGGUCCGUAACCAGGCUAUCUGGACUUCGCAUGGUAGCGAGAGAAUCUGCAACUAUGUAAUGAGAUUCUGGUAG